AUCGAAGGGAUGGAUAAGUUCAUAUUUGGUACACAUAAUUAAAAACCGCCACAAUGACAAUGCGGUUUGCUACCGUUUACUUUGCCGUUUUGGCAACAUCUGUGGUAAUUGCGCACCGCAUUGGUGCGGAGAGCAACCUGAAAUCAUUUGUUAGUCCAUAUGAAGAAAUACUCUGUCAAGACCCUGCUGAUAUUGUAUUUGUUCUCGAUAGUUCCAGAAGUGUGACCCAAACAGACUUUAAGAAGGAGCUCGAUUUCGUCAGUUCAUUCGUAAAGGAUAUGGACAUCAGUUCGAACAAGAUUCAAAUCGGUGUGGUCACCUUCUCAGAUAAUGUCAAAACUGAGUUUGAACUGAACAAAUUUUCACAAAAACAAGACAUUCAGAAUGCUGUUUCUAACAUUGCUCACCGCGGUGGAUCAACCAACACCUGGCUAGCUCUAAAACAUAUUCGAACAGAGUCUUUUAUAACUGACCAUGGUGGAAGAGUGGGAAUACCUAAAAUUGUUAUUCUUGUAACUGCAGGUGGUUCCAACGGAAAGAGCAAAACGCUAAACGAAGCUAAACUUCUUCAUAAUGAUCCACUUAGAGUUUUUACGGUAGCUGUGGGAAACAAAGUCGAUGAUGAUGAGUUGAGAGCAAUAGCAUCAAAACCGGAAAAUGCUUUUAAAGUGUCGGACUUCAAUUCCCUGGCUACAAUCGAAGACAAAGUAAUGCAAAAUUUCUGUAGAAAAGGAGAAAUAUUCUGCUACACCCCUGCUGAUAUUGUAUUUGUUCUCGAUAGUUCCAGAAGUGUGACCCAAACAGACUUUAAGAAGGAGCUCGAUUUCGUCAGUUCAUUCGUAAAGGAUAUGGACAUCAGUUCGGACAAGGUUCAAAUCGGUGUGGUCACCUUCUCAGAUAAUGUCAAAACUGAGUUUGAACUGAACAAAUUUUCACAAAAACAAGACAUUCAGAAUGCUGUUUCUAACAUUGCUCACCGCGGUGGAUCAACCAACACCUGGCUAGCUCUAAAACAUAUUCGAACAGAGUCUUUUAUAACUGACCAUGGUGGAAGAGUGGGAAUACCUAAAAUUGUUAUUCUUGUAACUGCCAGUGGUUCGAACGGAAAGAGCAAAACAUUAAACGAAGCUAAACUUCUUCAUAAUGAUCCACUUAGAGUUUUUACGGUAGCUGUGGGAAACAAAGUCGAUGAUGAUGAGUUGAGAGCAAUAGCAUCGAAACCAGAAAGCAUUUUGAAAGUGAAAGAUUUCAAUUCCCUGUCUACAAUUAGAAAUACAUUGAAAAAAAAAGUCUGCAAACGAGUUUGUGGCGUCGUACCUUCUGACAUAAUAUUUGUGGCAGACGCAUCUACCAGCAUUUGGGAUGCAGACUUCAAGAAGCAAAUGGACUUUAUAAUCAGUUUUGUCAAGGAUACAGUUGUCGGACGUAACAACACGCAGAUUGGCAUGGUAUCUUUCAGUACCCAAGUGAUAAACCACUUUUACCUAAAUGCUAAAACGUCGCGAGCCGCUGUGAUUGCAGCUUUAAAAGGACUUAAACAAUCUCAUGGUGACACUUAUACGGCGAAAGCACUGAGAUUUGUUCGAACACAAGGUUUCUUACCGUCUAAUGGCGGUAGACCUGAUGUACCACACAUCAUGAUUGUUAUUACCGACGGCCAGUCAACAACGCCCCGGGAUACCUUGAGAGAAGCUACGAAACUAGCACAAAGUAACAUCAUAGCUUUUACUAUUGGUGUAGGUAAGCAAAUCGACUUGAAUGAACUGAAAGUCAUUGCAGGUGACAGCUCAAGAAUGUUUGAAGUAGCUAACUAUGAUACAUUGCAUACCAUAGAGAAGAAGCUUUUCUCAAAAGUCUGUAAAAUUGAAAUAUCGCAGCAGGUAUAAUUUUCUUCAUUUAGUACAUUAUAUUCGGUUUCCACCGAUAUUCAAAAAAGAAUAUAUUUUCUAUUGGUGAUCAACCAGAAACAAACAUGCAAGUUUUUUAAAGUUGAUUCAAAGAAAUUAAACUGGAAAUAUGAACUAAAAGAAAGAAUAAAAUAUCAAUGUACAAAGAAA